UGUGGAUGACAGAAUAAUGUGCGUCGUUACAUGAGCAGACCCCUCUUAAAUUCUUAGUUUAUUUGCACCGCUGCAAUCUGCUAAAAGCGGGUUAAAACACGACUCAAAACGAGGUGUGCACUCGUGUGGGGCGUGUGAUGUGAAAAAAAAGUUUGGGAGUGAAAAACAAAAGUAAUGCGUCACAGCUUGUCCACCUGUUUGGCUUCCUAACUGUUAGCACUGUAGCGCGCGCAGCUCGCACAGAUAGAUGGUCUGUGCAACUUCACCACACUGCAGACACCUACACUCCCAGGCUAAUGUUUUAUGUCAAAACCGUGCCAACCCUGACACGGGCAGGGGCGGAUAUUUCCUUUAAACGGGUACUCUGUAGCCGAAGACUCCGGUCCACUGUCACCUCCACCUCGGCGACCCAGAGGGAGCAGCAGGACGAUAGCAGCCGCGGCACCGCUGAACAUGACUCGGCACGGUCGGAGUCCCCCGGAUCCGGACCCGGACAGCCCGGUACAGGAGGAAGAUGCGGCACCACCAACGCAGCUAAUGAGAUCACCGUAGACUUUGACCAGAGCCAGGAGGCUUAUAAGAGCAAAGACUCAUUAGAGCUGCUGAGAAGUUUGGUGGUUUUCAAACUCUGCUCCUAUGACUUCCUGGUUGAUAAGAAUAAAGAGAUAAUGGAUCUAGGUAAUAAGAUUCUGGGCCAGAGAGGCUUCAACCAGUUCAUGAAGAUGACAUUUUAUGGGCAGUUUGUGGCUGGUGAGGACCACCGGGCCAUCAAGCCGCUGAUCCAGAAGAAUCAGGCCUUUGGUGUUGGCUCUGUCCUGGACUACAGUGUUGAGGAAGACAUCAGCCAAGAGGAGGCUGUGCAGAAAGAUAUGGACUCAUCCAUCUCGGCUGCAGAGAAAGAGAGCAUAGGCAAGGACCACAGUGAGAAAAAAUUUAAAGCACACAAGCGAUUCGGUGACCGACGUGGGGGAGUGACUGGAGCCCGCACAUAUUUCUAUGCUGAUGAGGCCAAAUGUGACCAGCAUAUGGACACCUUUAUCAAAUGUAUUAAAGCGUCUGGUGGGAGUACAAUGGAUGGCUUUUCUGCCAUCAAAAUGACUGCUCUAGGACGACCUCAGUUUCUGCUCCAGUUCUCAGAGGUCCUGGUGAAAUGGCGCCGAUUUUUCACCUUCUUGGCAUCACAGCAGGGGAAAGAUGGCAUGGAGGCCUUAGGGCAGAGGCUGGAACUAAAACAGAUGCAGGAAUUCUUGACCAAACUGGGUGCAAAAGGUGAUUUCUAUGGCUGGUUUACUGGAAGAGAGGAGGAAUCUUCAGGAACUAUUGACAUGCUUGACUGGAACAGCCUUAUAGAUGACAGAACAAAGAUAUCGGACCUGCUUGUUGUCCCAAACGUAGAGCUAGGUGAGCUGGAGCCUCUACUUGGGGAGUUCACUAUAGAGGAGGAAAAACAAAUGAAGAGGAUGUUGCAGCGCAUGGAUGUCUUAGCGAAGCAUGCCUUAGAGAAUGGUGUUCGCUUGAUGGUGGAUGCAGAGCAAACCUACCUCCAGCCAGCUAUCAGCAGACUGACACUGGAGAUGCAGAGGAUCUACAACAAAGAUAAACCUGUCAUCUUCAACACCUAUCAAUGCUACCUCAAGGAGGCUUAUGACAAUGUGACUAUGGAUGUAGAAUUGUCUCGACGUGAGGGAUGGCACUUUGCUGCCAAGUUGGUGCGUGGGGCCUACAUGUAUCAGGAGCGAGAGAGGGCUGAAGAGAUUGGUUAUGAGGACCCUAUUAACCCUGACUAUGAGUCUACUAAUAGGAUGUACCACAGGUGUCUGGACUACGUGCUGGAUGAGAUUGCGCUCAAAAGAAAUGCUAACGUUAUGGUGGCUUCCCAUAAUGAGGACACGGUGAAACACACCUUGAGGAGAAUGAAUGAGCUAGGUCUGUUGCCCAGAGAGAACAAGGUGUACUUUGGUCAGCUACUGGGCAUGUGUGAUCAGAUCAGCUUCCCACUGGGCCAGGCAGGCUUCCCCGUCUAUAAGUACGUCCCCUAUGGGCCAGUGAAUGAGGUGAUGCCCUACCUGUCUCGGAGAGCCCAGGAGAACCGAGGCUUCAUGAAGGGUGCCCAAAAGGAGAGGGAGCUGCUGUGGAAGGAGCUGAAACGCAGACUUGCCUCCGGGGAGCUUCUCUACAGACCGAUGUACUGAAAGCACAGAAGAAGAGACAGAGAGAAGAGUGUGUCAACAUGUCGAGUUUCUUUUUUUUUUUUUUUAAAUCUUCUCUGCUUGAUGGCUGCUACUGUGGCUGUCUGUUCUAUCUCACCCUCUGUUCAGCUCUCUCUGGAUAUAUGUCUCCUCUUCUACCCUGUCCUGGAGUUUUCUUGUUGAUGGACUAUUCUGAAUGUCACUCUCUUACUCUGUCCUUUUUUUUUCUUUUCUGUGUUUCACUGUUGUUUUUCUCCAUUGCUUGUUCCCCUUCUGUUCCUCCUUGAUGUCGCCCACCUUCACCCCUGUCAGCUUCUUAUAUGCUCUGCUCAUGUUCUCUCUAUUUCUUUUCUUUAUCCGCCUCUGUAUCCAUAAGCAUUCCUCAUUUUGUCUUCCCGUUGUCUAUAGAGCUCUGGUAUCCAUCAAGUGGGCAUCUUUACUGUUCUAAAAGGACUCCCUAAAAUGUCAACGAGACCAGGGCGGGCGUUUCUUUUUAUCACCCUAUUUAUCUUGGAAGGGGACAACAAUAAUAAAAAUAACAGGCUUGAUUUAAAUGGUAGUAAAGGAAACAUCAAUAUUCCCCUCCUAUAUUAUUUUUUUUUGACUCAUGGACAGCCAUACAGUACCCCGAGGAGGCUUCUCUAUAUAUUUGUGUGCUGUGUUUGAGGUUGCAUAGCUGGUUUAAAAAUGAUGCCUGUUUGUGAAUCAGUGAGAAAGUAUAAACAGCUCUUCACAGCACAUCCCUCUUCUCAUAAGAGUGGGAUGCUUUUGUUAUAGUAUUUACUGGGGGAAGCUAUAUUCUUGGUCACCGAGAUGUUACAAGAGAACAUACAGUGUUCAGUAUUCAGUGAGUGAAUCUCCUUUUCAUACAGACACCUGCAAGCCUGACAGGUUUUUUUUUUUUUUUUUUUUUUGACACAAGUUAAUAUAGAAGGGAAUAAUAAAUUAGAGGGUUUAUUUUGGGUCUUAUUGCAUUAUGAUGGAUUAACAUUAUGCAUUUCUGUCUGUACAUAUGUUUGAAGCAGGUGAUUAAAUUUGUAGGUCACACUUUAUGGACCUGUAAAAUUGCUCAAUAAAUGAAUAUGUGCUCUAUGAAUA